AUGGCUUCAUGUCCUUGUGGCCGCAAUGACCACACUGACGGACACACAGACUGCACAUGCGGCCACGUGCCCGAGUGUCACAUUGAAACCCAAAGUACCACCACAGAUUCAGACAGGGACUCCAUGGAUUAUGAUGCGGACACCUCAAGCAACGGCUUAAGUAGCCAGUCUGGGUCCAAAUUCCAAGGCGACGAUGAGGAGGUUGACGAUGAUGUCGAGACGAAGAAACCCCGUGCGCUCGAAGCCCGAGGACGCCUUGCCAAAUCCUCUGCUUUGGUCCUGGCAUGGUUGCUUGACGAGCCUUCCGACAUACAACGGGAACACAGUGGCCGUGAACUUAAAGUAGCAUCGCCCGAACCACCAGAAAAGACAGAGAUAUCAUCGCGAAAGCGUUCACUCGACGAGACUGAGGCAGUCGACCCUGCCAAGAGGAUUCGCGUCGAUGAGGGCCAUGUUGAGGAAAUGGGCCCAGUCAAGGACGACCAUGCCUUAGGUGGUGAUGGAUAG